AUGCACUAUCCAACUUACAUUAACAUUAGGAAUGCAGUCAAUCCCUUGCUACUCGACUACAAUGACUGGACAAUAGACUUUGAUCUUGACAUCAAGAUGAGUCCAAAGGACAAGAUCAUGGCAAUCAUUGAUGAUCAAAGACAUGAUAUUAUAGAGAAGUGUUGUUAUGUACUGUGCACGAUGAGGUGUCGUGAUAGGUUGGCUUGGCUGGACAAUGAGGUCGAGACUUGUGGAUUGGAGUCUGGUCAAGUGGACAGAAUAUUGGUGUUCGCCUUGCUAUACGCGAUCAAUGGUCAGCAUAUGGAGACGCGUAAGCUACUUGUUAGAGCCGGCUUGAACCGAAGAGACAGCUCGCCACUGCACGUCUUGAUGCAGAUCGUUGAGUUUGCGGGCCGUCUCGAUCAUUCACUGGCAACCGCAGCCAGCGACAUUGAAGAGGGCGACGAUGAACAGUCAGGCUUGUUGAGCGAAAAGGAGCAGAGGUCGCUGAGCGGCCUUUUCAAGACGCUGCCCAAGCACAGCCGCAUACUGCUCCUCCAGAUGUACUCACUCAAGCCACAUGUGUUGGUCGAUUGGGUUAAUAGCCUCGACCCCAAGCUGCAGGAGAUGCUUGGGUUGACCGAGGACUUCUUUGUGAACGCCAUAUACAUGACCAUCCCCAACUUUCCCAUUGCCACGCUUCAAUGGCUGCAUGUGAUGGUCGCUCAAGGACGUCUCAAACCUACAACAUUGAACAACUUCUUCAUUGAUGUGCAGAGUGCGAUUGUGGCCAGCGACAUUGAACUACGGACAAUCUUUGACGCCUUGCUCUCGAUAAGGCGCUCGCUAAUGGGCAAGCUUGCCCCGGGCCGGACGGCCGUGGACGCACCGACCCUUACAGACAUGGUCAUGCGCACGAUAAAUGGCAAGACACUGUCGAAGGAUGACUACACAUUCCUCCUGGACGUGGUGCAGCGCGAGCUCACAGACGACACCGAGGUGCAAGCUAUCUACCACGCAAUGUUCACUGCUGUACUACGCAGCAGACAUCACUUUCACAACAGACUUGGACUACACAAUCGAUUGCUAGCGAUACUUCACAGAAGCAACAGUCUGGAACAUGCCAAGUCUAUUCUGGAAUACAUAUGCUCGCAGCCAAUGCUACAUGAUAGGGCCAACUUAUUGGCCACUGAGGUCCUGGAGUCACUACUGAGGCCUGAUGCACAGUCCAACACUUCUCGUCAUCUCAAUGUUAGCACUCUUCAAUCACUGGCCGAGUCAAUUACUCUGACACACUUGCGAUGCCCACUCAUACGUCGGUAUGCUUUGCAACUGGAUCACGCAACGACACAGCAACAGCCAGACUUUUAUCAACUGUUUGUCAAUGUUAUUGCUUAUGACCUGCGCACAAGCGACGAGGUGGUCCGUGAGCUACUGGACAAAGGCCUCCGCCCUACACCAAACAUGCUCUCGCAUCUGAUCAAACAGACUCCAAACGCACCCUGGCACGACAUUAGCCAGAGGUACAAUCUCGAUAUCAAAUCCAGUCACUUCAUCCCUGCCAUGAAGAAGACGGGCAAUAUGGGCCUGGUCCAGGGCCAAGGCCAUGCGCAAGAGAUUGAUGGCCGCACAUUCACAUUCAUACUUUGCAAGCAUAUUAGGAAUGGCGAUCUUGAGAUGGUGCAGAAACAACUGGACGGUGAGUACCCGGCCGACUUGAAGCUGAUUGAUAUCAUACACGUCAUGGAGAAGUACCCCUCACUGCCACUCACCAAGGACAACCUGAGACGACUGCUCGAGGAUGAUCAUCUGUCCAAACACGACUACCCCAUGCAAGUGAUGCUUGCAUCGGCCACGAAUAAUGGACACCUGCCCAUCGCGCUGGGCAUACUCAAGAAGCUGCGCAAUACAAUGCCGCCACACAUCAUCGAUCAGUUCACCGCCAACUUGAUUGUGGCUGCAGCCGAGACUGAUGCCGACCUCCUCUUCUCACUGAUGGGCUCAGACGAGUGCGAUCUAAAGAAGCCCAUACUUCGCCACGCUGCAUUGUUUGCCGCGUCACGUGCACCCGCUGCCAACAUACGACAAAGGCUGCCCCAUCUUGCGACACUGCUGUCUGGCGCGGCGCGAGUCACCAAUGAAGAGUUGUCAUUUGUUGCCAUGCGACUUGGUGACGCUUCGACAAUUGCGAGAUUGUUUGAAGGUGCAGAGCUAUCUACACUGGCCACCUAUAACGUAUUGAUUGGCCUGUUGUCAACCAGACCCAUCAACUACGACGACCCCAUGCUCAAUCAAUGGCUGGCAACCUUUAUCAAGAAGAAGCCAACAAUCACUAUGAUGGAAGGUGUGUUCCUGCGAAUGGAUCGGAAACUUAUUGAGCCACAUGGCACUAGCAACACCUUGGCACUGGACGAUCUGAUGCAACAUGCUGGCACGCUUUUGUUUGGACGCGAGGAGGAUGAUGGAUUGGUCGAGUUCAAUCGACGUCUGCUCUCGAACAACACCAUCCCAAUGUGGUGCUGCAUGUACGCUAUCAAACAGGGAUCGUACGACGUGGCGAUACGUGUGGCGCUCGAGAUGGUGGACAUGGUGGACAAGGAGCGCGUUCUCACCCAGGUCAAGGAAGCAAUGUCUGACCUCAGCAACAGCAACGUCUGGAUGUCCACCUUGCUGGGCACACUUAGCACGUCGACCAGAUUCAAACAAAAGGACUUUGAGCGAUACUACUUUAGCAUGGCAUCGCUCCAACCAAUUGAUGCGCUCAAUAUGUAUGAUGUGCUGGAGGAAGGCGGUGGCGGCAUGUUUGUCAAGACCAACACAAUCAUCAAGGCGUAUCACAUCGCGUUGGCUCAGGUGGGCUCGUUUGACAAUCAAUGUCUGCCGACAAAGGAACGCUCUGCCAUGUACUAUGUGGCCGAUGUGAUCAAUCGAUACAUUGGUGGCGUGCUCACGCCAGCAAUGUUGACAGAGAUCACGCGCGAUAUGGCCAAACACGACCACGUGUUCACAAAGAGUCACUACCAGCUGAUGUUGGUGAUCAUGUCGCGACACAAACAGCACUCGCUACUCGAUCUGCUUGAGCACAUGAUUGCAGAGUCGUGCAUCGACUUCUCGAACGACCGCGUGGCAUUGGACUGCAUAUGUGCCUCAUCCAAGAAGUACCUGUCCAUACUCCAAUCGCGUCUAUUCAAUGGUGAAAAGCAAUUGGUCACGUACAGGUUGUUGAACAGGAUCAUCGACGAAGCCAGCAACAAUGGCGACCCGAUGACCAUGUCCGCAUUGCACACCGCCCUCCUCUACAAGUUCCCAACGAUGUACGAUAGUGCCAGAGACUUCCACGACAUUGUCACCAGGACAACUGAGCGACAACUCAACUUUAAUGUUUGGUCCAACCAUCAUCAACAUCAUCAGAAUCAACAACAGACUAAGGUAGUAAGGUCGCGAGGUAGCAAUAACAAGUGA